CUGUAACUUGAAGCUACAUCAAAAUCGAUUUGGAACGAAAGAAGAAUGCAAAAAAGAAAUGAAUAUGAUAAGGUUUUUGGGGGGAAAUAAAAUAAACGCUGAUAAAAAAAGAGUGGGUAUAAUAGUUUUGUGAGAUUGGGGACAAACUGAGACAUGUGUUUACACAGGAACAUGUACGCACUUAAGUUCUAACCUCUGACAAAAGUUUUGCGAAGUGUGUGUGUGAUAAGUAUGCACACGGAUUUCGACAUGGAUUGCAUACACGCGAAGUGAUACAAGCCCAAAAACCCAAAGUAAGAAGUAGUGUUUAUAUAUAUAUAUAAUUAAGUAAAGUAGUAAGUGAAAAAGGAAUCAAGAAACCGUCGACAACAUGCCGCCGCUUAUAGAGUAAGACCAAGUAAGAAAAGACCCGAGUGCCAAUAAAAAUCAAUCAAAAUAGGAGUCCCCGAUCGAUUUCCACGCCAUACUUGGAACGAAAUGAUUUGCGUCUAUCGCUGAGGUAACAGCACUCCUCCAGAAGUUGCUGGUUUCCUCGACGACACCGACACCGGAUCGUAGGACGACCGCCAGUAGGGACUUACAUCAAACCGAACACCGUCACCAACCGCAUCCGCAAGAAGAUGUCUUGGAUAUUCGCGCUGCUCAUCCUCUUGGCAGUUCACCAGGCCAAGGGCAGUGGCGCUUUCGAGCUGCGGCUGUUGUCUUUCGUCAAUGAGGCGGGCAAGGAUGACCAGGGGAAGUGCUGCAACGGAUCGACGGAUCUGAAUUCCGAGUGCAACGACAGCUGCCAUCCGCGGUUCCGAGUCUGCCUGAAACAGUACCAGGUCAAAAUCGAUACGACGACGCCGUGCACCUUCGGCGACGUCGUCACUUCCUCGCCGGAGGAUGGUUUCACCAACCCCAUCAGUUUCCCCUUCAAGUUCAACUGGCCGAACACAUUCUCACUGAUCGUGGAGGCCUGGCACACGACGGGGAACCUAUCUUCAGAUGUGUUGAUUAGUAGACUGACAAGGCAGAGGUUCCUGGAGAUCGGAGGCGAGUGGACCCAAGACAACCACACCUCCAGCUACUCGACGUUGCGGUUCGAAUACCGCGUGAAGUGCGAAGAAUAUUACUACGGACGCGGCUGCGAGAAUGUUUGCAGACCGAGGGAUGACAGUUUCGGCCACUUCACGUGCUCAACCACCGGAAAACGUGUCUGCCUUUCGGGAUGGCAAGGCGACUAUUGCACAGAACCACGCUGUCUCGCUGGAUGCCAAGGCACCUGUUCGAAGCCCUUCGAAUGCACAUGCCAUUCAGGUUGGGAAGGUCCUCUUUGUAACCAGUGCCAGCAGUACCCGGGGUGCAUCCACGGAAGCUGCAUGAAACCGUGGGAAUGCCUUUGCGACGAGGGCUGGGGUGGAUUGUUCUGCAAUCAAGAUCUGAACUUCUGCACGAACCACAAGCCCUGCCGCAACGGCGGAACCUGCCACAACACCGGCCAGGGAAGCUAUACCUGUAACUGUCCACCAGGCUUCAACGGCACCGAGUGCGAGAUGCUGGUGAACGACUGCACGAAGACACCAUGUGCAAACGGAGGUUCUUGCACCCGCAGCACCAACUCUACCUACCACACGUGCGUCUGCCCCAGAGGCUACCAGGGACCGCUUUGCGAGGAAUCCGCAAGGACGUGUUCUGAUCAACCCUGUCAAAACGGCGCCCAGUGCAUGGACACGAACGGAGGCUACAAAUGCAGCUGCGUGGCCGGCUACUCCGGCGCUGACUGCGAGCACCAGAUCAACGAUUGCAAUCCGAAUCCCUGCAAGAAUGGAGGUAGCUGUGUGGACGAUAUCGACGGCUACCAGUGCAAGUGUGCGCCUGGCUACGAAGGUGCCCAGUGCGAGGUGAACGUGGACGACUGCCAAGGUAAUCCUUGCCUCAACGGCGGUACCUGCAUCGACAAGGUCAACGAGUUCCGUUGCCAAUGCGUGCCCGGUUUCUUGGGCCUCCUCUGCGAGAAGGUCGUCGACUACUGCAUGACAAAGCCAUGUGCCAAUGGCGGAACCUGCAACCACGUCACCAAUGACUACCAGUGCACGUGUGCGCCCGGCUUCGCCGGUAAGGACUGCAGCGUUGAGGUGAACGUGUGCGAAUCGCGACCAUGCCAAAACGGCGGUACCUGCAGAAGCCGCUUCCCGGGUUUCGAGUGUGAUUGCUCCAGAGGAUUCUUGGGGAAGACCUGCGAGGAGAUAGAGACGAGUGCGGCGCCAAGCGCUCGCGUUUCAUCCGAGUCCAAUUUGACCACCGAGCACGUGAUUGUGAUCGCGACAAUCUCCACUUUCGUGCCACUCGUUGUGCUUGUCGCCGUUGGCGUCAUCAUCUGCUUGAAGCAGCGUCGUAAGCGCGAGAAGGCGAAGGCUGAUGAAGAGGCGCGUCUCCAGAACGAACAGAAUACGGCGCACAGCAGCUUCACGAAACGCGGCGCCGCAAUGUCCACGGACGCGCAUAUGAUUAAAAACUCCUGGGGCAAGUGCACCAACGUGCUCAGCUCGCCUGAGGAGUGUAACAUCUCGAACGCGGCCAUCAACGAAGACGGUGUAGGCAUCGGCAUCGGAGGUGGCGGCGUUGGUAUCGGAGUGGGCGGCGGUGGAGGCGGCUACCCCAAGCCCGGUGUGCACCAGGUCAUCGACGGCAGGUCCGUUUACACGCUGCAGCGGUCUAGGUCGCAGAAGCAGCUUAACACCGAACUGGGGCCGCGCGCCUCCUCUGCCCUUCUUGCGGCCAAGCUGCACGAGCCCGACUACGAGCACGAGCGUUUAUCUGUGAUGUCCAAUUCCUAAGUCAGUUUAGCGGCUAGCCUAGUUAUUUUCCCCGGAUCUCCCGGAUCGCCAAAUCCCGGAAUCGCGAAUGGAAAAUUGGUAAAUAUAUAUAUGUAUAUAUAUAUUAAAAAACAAACAAAAAAACAACAAAAAAAAACA